AUGGUUCAAGAUAUUAAAAGUCAAAAUAAUGAGCUGAAAAUGGAGUUGGAGGCAAUCAAGUUAUCCAUAACUGAUUUUCACGCUGAGUUCAGUUCUAUCAGAUCUGACCAUAAGAAGGCUAUGUCUAUUAUCAAUGAUAUUCAGGACGUGGAGCAGCUGCGACGCGAAUUCACUCAACUAAGACCUGUCACUGGCGAAGAGCUGAGGGAAGUCGUAAAUACAUCUUUAGCUCCAAUAAUUAAUACGAACAGACAGUUGCGGGAGGGAGUGGAGGAGGUCAGGGACGUCGUCCUCACAAAUGGGCUUCCGGGUCGGUCCGAGAUGGGACUAGGAUCCGAACUAAUGCUUGCGAAUACGACGGCCAGAAUGGAGGCGCUCCUCAAUCCAGUAAAAGAGAGCAUGGCCAAAAUUGCAUCAAAAUCGGAUGAAAUAAGAACCACCAUGGAAUGGAAUCUUCAUCGCGCUAUACAGCAAGCUUGCACUGGGACGCGUUUGGCGUGA